AGGCUCAAAGAAGAACACAAAGCACAGCCGACACAGUGGUUUCCCUUUAGCGGGAUCACUGAACUGGUAAAUAACGUUCUUCAGCCCCAGCAAAAACAACCCAAUGAGAAGGAGCCCCAGACGUAAAAAGCUGCACCAACAAUUUGAAGUGUAUAAGGAGCAAGUCAAGAAGAUGGCAGAGGAGUCGCAGCAGCAGCAAGAGCAGAAGGCUGAUGCCCCGACCUGCGGCAUCUGCCACAAGACAAAAUUUGCAGAUGGAUGCGGCCAUAAUUGUUCCUAUUGCCAAACCAAGUUCUGUGCUCGAUGUGGAGGUCGAGUGUCAUUACGCUCAAACAAGGAGGACAAAGUGGUUAUGUGGGUGUGUAAUUUGUGCCGAAAACAACAAGAAAUCCUCACUAAAUCAGGAGCAUGGUUUUAUAAUAGUGGUUCUAAUACACUGCAGCAACCUGAUCAAAAGGUUCUUCGAGGGCUUCGAAAUGAGGAAGCCCCUCAGGAGAAGAAAGCAAAACUACACGAGCAGCCCCAGUUCCAAGGAGCCCCAGGUGACUUAUCAGUACCUGCAGUUGAGAAAGGCCGAGCUCAUGGGCUCACAAGACAGGAUUCUAUUAAAAAUGGAUCAGGAGUGAAGCACCAGAUUGCCAGUGACAUGCCUUCAGACAGAAAAAGAAGUCCAUCAGUGUCCAGGGAUCAAAAUCGAAGAUACGAGCAAAGUGAAGAAAGAGAGGACUACUCACAGUAUGUUCCUUCAGAUGGUACAAUGCCAAGGUCUCCUUCAGAUUAUGCUGAUAGACGACCUCAACGUGAACCUCAAUUUUAUGAAGAACCUGGUCAUUUAAAUUAUAGGGAUUCUAACAGGAGAGGCCAUAGACAUUCCAAAGAGUAUAUUGUAGAUGACGAAGACGUGGAGAGCAGAGAUGAAUAUGAAAGACAAAGGAGAGAGGAGGAAUACCAGGCACGCUACAGAAGUGAUCCAAAUUUGGCCCGGUAUCCCGUAAAGCCACAACCCUACGAAGAACAAAUGCGGAUCCACGCUGAGGUGUCCAGGGCACGACAUGAGAGAAGGCACAGUGAUGUUUCUUUGGCAAACGCUGAACUAGAAGAUUCCAGGAUUUCUCUGCUAAGGAUGGAUAGACCAUCAAGGCAAAGAUCUGUAUCUGAACGUAGAGCUGCAAUGGAAAACCAACGAUCGUAUUCAAUGGAAAGAACUCGAGAGGCUCAGGGACAAAGUUCUUAUCCACAAAGGACCUCAAAUCAUAGUCCUCCCACCCCUCGGCGGAGCCCUAUACCGCUUGAUAGACCAGACAUGAGGCGCGCUGACUCCCUACGGAAACAACACCACUUAGAUCCCAGCUCUGCUGUGAGGAAAACGAAGCGAGAAAAAAUGGAAACCAUGUUAAGGAAUGAUUCUUUGAGUUCAGACCAGUCCGAGUCAGUGAGGCCGCCCCCACCAAGGCCUCAUAAAUCCAAGAAAGGAGGUAAAAUGCGCCAGGUUUCACUGAGCAGCUCGGAGGAGGAGUUGGCAUCCACACCUGAGUAUACAAGCUGUGAUGAUGUGGAGCUAGAAAGCGAGAGCGUGAGUGAGAAAGGGGACAGUCAAAAGGGAAAAAGAAAAACUAGUGAGCAGGGAGUUUUGUCGGAUUCUAACACCAGGUCUGAGAGACAAAAGAAAAGGAUGUACUAUGGUGGCCACUCUUUGGAAGAGGAUUUGGAAUGGUGUGAGCCUCAGAUUAAGGACUCUGGGGUAGAUACCUGUAGUAGCACAACCCUUAACGAGGAGCAUAGCCGUAGUGAUAAGCACCCUGUGACCUGGCAGCCAUCCAAAGAUGGAGAUCGCCUAAUUGGUCGUAUUUUAUUAAAUAAGCGUUUAAAAGAUGGGAGUGUACCUCGAGACUCAGGAGCAAUGCUGGGCUUAAAGGUUGUAGGAGGAAAGAUGACUGAAUCAGGUCGACUUUGUGCAUUUAUUACCAAAGUAAAGAAAGGAAGUUUAGCUGAUACUGUAGGACAUCUUAGACCAGGUGAUGAAGUCUUGGAAUGGAAUGGGAGGCUAUUGCAAGGAGCCACAUUUGAGGAAGUUUACAACAUUAUUCUAGAAUCCAAACCUGAACCACAAGUUGAGCUUGUUGUUUCAAGGCCAAUUGGAGAUAUUCCUAGAAUACCUGAUAGCACGCAUGCACAACUGGAAUCCAGUUCUAGCUCAUUUGAAUCUCAAAAAAUGGACCGUCCUUCUAUCUCCGUUACCUCGCCCAUGAGUCCUGGCAUGCUGAGGGAUGUCCCGCAGUUCUUAUCUGGACAGCUUUCAAGCCAAAGCCUUAGUAGAAGAACAACGCCUUUUGUUCCUAGGGUUCAGAUAAAACUAUGGUUUGACAAGGUUGGUCACCAGUUGAUAGUUACAAUUUUGGGAGCAAAGGAUCUCCCUUCCAGGGAAGAUGGGAGGCCAAGGAAUCCUUAUGUUAAAAUUUACUUCCUUCCAGAUAGAAGUGAUAAAAAUAAGAGAAGAACAAAAACAGUCAAGAAAACUUUGGAACCCAAAUGGAACCAGACUUUCAUUUAUUCUCCUGUCCACCGAAGAGAAUUCCGGGAACGGAUGCUCGAAAUUACCCUUUGGGAUCAAGCUAGAGUUCGAGAAGAAGAGAGUGAAUUCUUAGGAGAGAUUUUAAUUGAAUUGGAAACAGCUCUGCUAGAUGAUGAGCCACACUGGUAUAAGCUGCAGACCCAUGAUGUCUCCUCAUUGCCACUCCCUCGCCCUUCCCCAUAUCUGCCCCGGAGGCAGCUCCAUGGAGAGAGCCCAACACGCAGGCUGCAAAAUAAAGCCUUAUGUUCAUAUAAUUCAGGGUCAAAGAGAAUAAGUGACAGCGAAGUGUCUGACUACGACUGUGAGGAUGGCGUGGGAGUAGUGUCAGAUUAUCGACACAAUGGCCGCGAUCUUCAAAGCUCCACGUUGUCAGUGCCAGAACAAGUCAUGUCAUCAAAUCAUUGCUCACCAUCAGGGUCUCCUCAUCGAGUAGAUGCUAUAGGAAGGACAAGGUCAUGGUCGCCUAGUGCCCCUCCUCCUCAAAGGAAUGUGGAGCAGGGGCUCCGAGGGACACGUGCUACUGGCCAUUACAACACAAUUAGCCGAAUGGACAGACACCGUGUCAUGGAUGACCACUACUCUUCAGAUAGAGACAGUCACUUUCUUACUCUACCUCGCUCCCGACACAGUCAGACCAUUGACCAUCACCACAGGGAUGGAAGGGAUUGUGAAGCAGCAGAUAGACAGCCAUAUCACAGAUCCAGAUCAACAGAACAACGGCCUCUCCUAGAGCGGACCACCACCCGCUCCAGAUCCUCUGAACGUCCUGAUACAAACCUCAUGAGGUCGAUGCCUUCAUUAAUGACUGGAAGAUCUGCCCCUCCUUCACCUGCCUUAUCGAGGUCUCACCCUCGUACCGGGUCUGUCCAGACAAGUCCGUCAAGUACUCCGGGAACAGGACGGAGGGGCCGACAGCUUCCACAGCUGCCACCAAAGGGAACAUUGGAGAGAAACAUUGGAGUCAAGGAGGUAGACCCUUAUGAAGAAGUUACAUGGGAAGACCAGCAGGGAAAGGCGAAUGGUACAGUAAGUGAUGACAAACCAUUGCCGACCCCGAAACAGCAGUCUGAGCCAGAAGAUGUGGACUCCACAAGGAAAAGAAAUACAGGUGCUAUGGAUAUAGAGGAGAGAAAUCGCCAAAUGAAACUUAACAAAUACAAACAGGUAGCCGGAUCAGAUCCCAGACUGGAACAAGAUUACCAUUCGAAGUAUCGCUCAGGAUGGGAUCCACAUAGAGGGGCAGAUACUGUUUCCACUAAAUCCUCCGACAGUGAUGUAAGUGAUGUAUCUGCGGUUUCAAGGACUAGUAGUGCUUCUCGUUUCAGCAGCACAAGCUACAUGUCCGUCCAAUCAGAGCGGCCGAGAGGAAACAGGAAAAUCAGUUUCAGCCCUCUUGUGCAGGACCAUGGAACACAGACACAAGUUCAGCCCCCACUCAUUCCCUUGGAACCUGACAUCAAUGUCUUUACAUCCAAAAUGCAAAACAGACAGAUGGGCGUGUCGGGGAAGAACUUGACCAAAAGCACCAGCAUCAGUGGAGACAUGUGCUCACUGGAGAAGAAUGACGGCAGCCAGUCCGACACUGCAGUGGGCGCCCUGGGUACCAGUGGCAAGAAGCGGCGAUCUAGCAUUGGGGCCAAAAUGGUAGCUAUUGUUGGUCUCUCACGGAAAAGUCGCAGUGCCUCUCAACUCAGCCAAACCGAAGGAGGAGGUAAAAAGCUACGGAGCACUGUCCAGAGAAGCACGGAGACCGGGCUAGCCGUGGAGAUGCGGAACUGGAUGACCCGCCAGGCCAGCCGGGAAUCCACGGAUGGCAGCAUGAACAGCUACAGCUCGGAAGGAAAUCUGAUCUUCCCUGGGGUCCGCCUGGCCUCCGACAGCCAGUUCAGUGAUUUCCUGGAUGGCCUGGGCCCUGCUCAGCUAGUGGGACGCCAGACCCUGGCUACUCCUGCAAUGGGUGACAUUCAGGUGGGAAUGAUGGAUAAAAAGGGACAGCUGGAGGUAGAAAUCAUCCGGGCGCGUGGCCUUGUGGUAAAACCAGGUUCCAAGACACUGCCAGCACCGUAUGUCAAGGUGUAUCUGUUAGACAACGGAGUCUGCAUAGCCAAAAAGAAAACCAAGGUGGCGAGAAAGACCCUGGAGCCCCUGUAUCAGCAGCUCUUGUCCUUCGAGGAGAGCCCCCAGGGAAAGGUGUUACAGAUCAUUGUCUGGGGAGAUUAUGGUCGUAUGGAUCAUAAAUCCUUUAUGGGAGUGGCCCAGAUACUCUUAGAUGAACUGGAACUAUCCAACAUGGUGAUUGGAUGGUUCAAACUCUUCCCUCCUUCCUCCCUAGUAGAUCCAACCUUGGCACCUCUGACAAGAAGAGCUUCCCAGUCGUCUCUGGAAAGUUCUACAGGACCUUCUUACUCUCGUUCAUAGCAACUAUAAAACUGUUGUCACAACAACCAGCGAUACAAAAACCAGAAGAAAACGCACAGGUGGAAGCCCCUGGUAACACUGCAUGCUUGAUGUUGUGUCUACAGAGCCCACGUCUAGGGAUACAAAGCAGUCCUGUGUUCUCAGAGGAAGUCGUACACAUUGUGCCCUAGCAAAGGCCCUCAGGUGAAAGAGCAGAGCUGUGAAGAACUAUCUAUCAGGUUUGGAGUUCAAUGACACUCGAGUUUUGGUCCAAUCUGAAGCCAUGGAUUAAUCUUAAAGAAUCAGUCAGCCCUUUUCAAUGGCUCCUUUAUAUUUUUAUCAAUUUUCUUCAUUUAUCUGACCCCAAAGCCCUGUUAUGCCACAGAAAUGGAGCUCUACAGCCAUUAAGCCACAUUACAGGCCAAGGAGCAAAGACCUAGGAAGCAAGCAUCAGGUGAAAAGCAAGAGACCAAAGAAGUGGUCAGGAGCAGAGUCAGCCACCAUUCCUGGAGGGGCUCCAACAGGGAGAGCAGCCGCCGGGGCUGCUCCGGGAGGGAGGCAGGCAUGUCAUUCACUAAUGCCGAGAUGUACUGGACUCUGAAAAUCCAAAUUCUGUGACUGCACUGUACUGAAUGAAAUUAAAGAAACUUUUUUUGCAUGGACACAGA